AUGAGUUUUGCCGAGCUCUUAGACCACGUCGGGGGGAUGGGUCGCUUCCAAAUCAUCUAUGCUAUCUUACUGGCUAUCCCAGUUUUCAUGAUGGCCAGCCAUAACCUCCUGCAGAACUUCACUGCUGCCACCUCUGAGCACCACUGCCAUGUCCAUAUCAACAUCAACAACACUCCUUACACCAACCUCACCGGAAAGCUCGCUGCCGAGGACCUCCUCAGGGUCUCCAUCCCCAUGGACAGCAACCUGCAGCCAGAGAAAUGUCACCGCUUUGUCACUAUGCAGUGGCAGCUCCUAGACUCCAACGCCACAGUCACAAACCUAACAGAACUGGAGACUGAAUCCUGCGCUGAUGGGUGGGUGUACGACAAGAGCAUUUUCACCAGCACCAUCAUUACAGAGUGGGACCUGGUGUGUGACUCCCGGCAGCUGAAGCAGAUGGCUCAGUCCAUCUACAUGGCUGGGAUCCUGGCGGGAGGCAUCAUCUUUGGAGGUCUGUCAGACAGGUUUGGCCGCAGGUCUCUCUUGAUCUGGUGCUACUUGCAGAUGGCUGUCACGGGCACCAGCACUGCCUUCUCGCCCAGCUUCACUGCCUACUGCAUCUUCCGUUUCCUGACCGGAAUGGCCUUCUCGGGCAUUGUGAUGAACGGUCUCGCUCUGUCUGUGGAAUGGACACCCACCCGCACACGGGCCAUUGUGGGCACCAUGUAUGGAUACUGCUACACAAUCGGGCAGUUCAUUCUGGCUGGGGUGGCUUACGCAAUCCCCAAUUGGCGCUGGCUGCAGCUUGUGGUGUCUUUGCCCUAUUUCAUCUGCUUCAUCUACUCCUGGUGGUUCGCGGAGUCCGCCCGCUGGCUGGUAAUAGCCGGCAGACCCGACGAGGCAGUGAAGCAGCUCCAGAGAGUGGCCAGGAUAAACCGGAAGAAGGAAGAAGGAGACAAACUCAACAUAGAGGUCUUGAGAUCCAACAUGCAAAAAGAAAUAGCCUCUGCAAAGAGCAGCUAUACCUUCAUCGACCUGGUGCGGACCCCUGUCGUACGCCGGAUCUCCUUCUGGCUCUGCUUUGUAUGGUUCUCCACCAGCUUUGCCUAUUAUGGGUUGGCCAUGGACCUGCAGAAUUUCGGUGUCAAUAUCUUCUUGAUCCAGCUGGUCUUUGGAGCUGUUGAUUUCCCAGCGAAGUUCAUCUCAGUCCUCACAAUCAGCUUCAUCGGGCGCCGGUUCACACAGGCCUUGACCCUCAUCCUGGCUGGACUCUCUAUCCUAGCCAACAUCUUUGUCCCACAAGAUCUGAAGACCCUGCGCACCGUUCUGGCUGUCACUGGAAAAGGCUGUCUUGCGGCCUCCUUUAACUGUGUCUACCUCUACACGAGUGAGCUGUACCCCACAGUGAUUAGGCAGACUGGCCUGGGUUUGAGCAACACCAUGGCGCGUCUGGGCAGCAUCAUUGCCCCAUUGGUGAAGAUGUUGGAGGAAUACAUUCCCUUCCUGCCACAGAUCAUUUAUGGAGCUGCCCCAAUCAUCUCCGGCAUUGCAGCGACCUUCCUGCCCGAGACGCUCAACGUGCCAUUGCCUGAGACCAUAGAGGACGUGGAGACACGACCCAGGCAUCUGAGAGAUGAAGAACAACAAAUGAAGAUCCUUCUGAAACCCACCAUGCCAGACCCAGCCAAGGAAGCCAGUUAA